AUGGAUAUUGCAACAGGUCCUGAAACACUGGAGAGACGCAUCUCUGCGGGAAAAGUGUAUGAACGUCCAAAUAUGCUGGACGGUAUCAAAAUUGAAGACCAUCCGCUCCGGGCGAGACCAGCCACACUUGGAGUUAUGCUAGGUGAGUGCUCAGACUGCCUCCAGCAAGCGUUAUGUGAGGGCUGCCAGCGGCCCAUUGCCGACCGUUUUCUGAUGCGCGUCAACGAGUCGUCGUGGCACGAAGAGUGUUUGCAGUGCGCCGUGUGUCAGCAGCCGCUCACCACCAGCUGCUACUCUCGAGACAGAAAACUCUAUUGCAAACACGACUACCAACAAUUAUUUGCCACCAAAUGCAGCGGAUGCUUGGAGAAGAUUGCACCAACCGAGUUUGUGAUGCGGGCGCUGGAGUGUGUGUACCAUCUUAACUGCUUUUGUUGCUGUGUUUGUGACCGGCAACUGCGCAAAGGAGAUGAAUUCGUACUGAAGGAUGGGCAGUUGCUGUGUAAAAAUGACUAUGAGAAGGAAAAGGAUUUUCUUGGAUCCGUCAGCCCAGAUGACUCUGACUCAGAAAAGAGCGAGGACGAGGAGUUGGAUAUCAAAACAGAGAAGUGCUCUGGAGGCCCAGGAAAAGGGGAUGAUGGGAAAGAUCCAAGAAGACCUAAACGACCACGCACUAUCCUCACCACACAGCAGAGAAGGGCCUUUAAGGCUUCGUUUGAGGUGUCAUCAAAGCCCUGCCGGAAGGUAAGAGAAACCCUUGCUGCUGAGACCGGCCUGAGUGUACGUGUCGUCCAAGUGUGGUUUCAGAACCAAAGAGCUAAGAUGAAGAAGUUAGCACGAAGACAGCAGCAGCAACAGGAGCAGCAGAACUCACAAAGGCUGGGCCAAGAUGUGAUGUCCAGUAGGAUGGAGAACAUGAUUAACUCAUACACAUCACUAGCCCCUGCUCAACAGCAGAUGGUUGCCAUGGAAAAUGGCUAUACGACUGAUGCCUUUCAGCAAGGCCUUACCCCUCCUCAGAUGCCUGGUGACCACAUGAACCCGUAUGGAAAUGACUCUAUAUUCCAUGAUAUUGACAGCGACACCUCCUUGACCAGCCUUAGCGACUGCUUCAUGACUUCAUCUGAAGCAGGCUCACUUCAGGCUCGCGUGGGAAAUCCCAUCGACCGACUGUACUCCAUGCAGAGCUCUUAUUUUGCCUCAUGA